GCGCGGGCUUCUUCGUCCUCCGCGCGCGCGGACUCAGAAGUCGACACUCGCUCCCCGAUCCUCCACAAGUGAUUUUGCCGGGAAAACGGGGCCGAAUGGAAAUGGCGCCGUCGAAGACCCUGAUCGAUUUCUUCCAGGGGCCGCCGUUGAAGCGUCUCAGAGUCUCUCCCUCCUCCUCUUCCCCUGCCCAAAUCGUCGCCAAGUCCCUCUCCACCGUCCCCGACGGCGACGGAACCUCCUCCUCCGAUCUCACGCCUGCUCAGAAAUCCCGCAUCGAACUCAACAAGCUCCUCGCCAAGUCUCGCCGUAACCUCAAAAUCUGCUCCGAUAAAAUCUCCCGCUCCAAAGCUGAAGGUGAGGGUUAUGUGAACCUGGAGGAGCUGUUGGUGGAGGAGACGUGGCUGGAGGCGCUUCCGGGCGAGCUUCAGAAGCCGUAUGCGAAGAAUCUGUGCAAGUUUCUCCAAGUUGAGACGUCUUGCGCUGCUGGCAAUGUUAAGGGACCUGUUAUAUAUCCGCCUCAGCAUUUGAUCUUUAAUGCACUGAACUCGACCCCAUUCGAUAGAGUGAAGGCCGUGAUUCUUGGGCAGGACCCUUACCAUGGACCUGGUCAAGCCAUGGGACUCGCCUUCUCUGUCCCUGAGGGCAUUAAGCUUCCCUCGAGUCUUGCCAACAUUUUUAAGGAGCUAAAACAAGAUCUUGGCUGCUCGAUUCCUUCUCAUGGGAAUCUCGAGAGAUGGUCUGCUCAGGGUGUUUUAUUGCUCAAUGCUGUUCUCACUGUCAGAAGUCAUCAAGCCAACUCGCAUGCCAAGAAAGGAUGGGAGCAAUUUACCGAUGCUGUUAUUAAAACAAUUUCUCAUGAGAAGAAAGGAGUAGUUUUUCUGCUCUGGGGAAAUUCUGCUCAAGAGAAAAGAAGGUUGAUUGAUGAGACAAAGCAUCACAUACUGAAAGCAGCACAUCCUUCUGGUUUGUCUGCAAACAGGGGCUUUUUUGGUUGCAGGCAUUUUUCUCGCACUAACCAGAUUUUGGAGAAGAUGGGACUUGAUCCCAUAGAUUGGCAAUUAUGAAAGGGGGAUGGGCUUGGAAUGAUGUCCUUUUUUGCGGGUGAUUUAUUUUUCCGGUGUUAGCUUCACAGGCCAUAUGGAGAUGGGCACUUACUGACACAGCCGCUGGUCCCAUAGAUUGGCAUUGCGAAAAGGAGAUGGGCUUGGAAUGAUGUCCUUUUUUGUGGGUGAUUGUUAUUUUCUGGUGUUAGCUUCACAUGCUAUAUGGAGAUGGGCACUUUAUUGACACAGAGCCGCUGGCCUGCCCUCGUAAUUAAUUUAUAUUCUGGGAUCAUUUGUAUGUAUGUAGGAACUAGAAAGCCUGGGAAGGGACGAGUCUAUUAGAACUGCCAGAACAGCUCAUUUAGCUGGUGUUCAACAUCAUGUGAAAAUUGAAGGCCUAAAUUAAGAGACUUGCCAUGGGACGCCUGUCUCGUGUUUUUUAAGGUUUCUUCUACAAAGUUUGUCGAUAAACAGAAACUCGAGAAGCCAUGUUUAUGCCCAA